AUGAACAAAUCAGAGCUCAGGCAAUACUUUAAAGAAAAAUAUUCAGAAAUAGAUAUCAAAGAAGGUAUUAUAAAAAUAUCAUCAAACGCUAUUAAAUCUUCAGCAACCUCCAUCUUCAGCAAAAUUGUAUCGCGACAUCUAAAAAUAUCAGACAACCAAAAGGACAUGAGUGCUUUAAUUGCGAAAAUGACAUCGAAAACUGACCCAAUUGAAUCAACCAUACUUGAACACAGAUUGAAAGAAGCCUUAAGACUUAAAAAUGAACUCGCCAGCAAAUUAGAGCAAGUAGACGAAUCAAUUAACGCCCUUUCAACGAUUGUCCCUACCAAAGUUGAAAAGUCAGAAAAAAAGCAUAUAGGAAAAGCCAUAAAAGAAGAGGAGAAAUGACAGGAAGAAGAAAAAUUAGAGCAAGCUCAAGAGCUCGCCAAGACUUUAAGGAAGCAACAAAAACUAAGACAGAAACGGCUUGAAGAAAGGCAAAGGCUGCUUGAGGAGAAAAUUAGAAAUGAAGAAGAAGUUGAGAACUAUGAAAAAGAGCUGGAGCAGGAGAAAAGGGCUGAAGAGCGAAGACGAAAGCUCGAAGAAGUUCAAGAAAAAGCUCAAGAAAGACGAGCUUAUCUAGAAAAUUUAAAAUGAGAUCUUCAUGGAGCUCCAGUCCAAAAAAGAUUAUAUCAAAAAAUGCAAGAAGAGUUCGAAGUGAAAGUGCUAAUGCCAGAACUCGAAAAAAGAAAAGAAGAAUUAGCCAAAAAGAGGAUGCUCCCAAUAACAAAAGAAGAAAUCAUGCAUCAUGCUAAAGAAUACCAAAGCAGAGUCCAAAACGAAAAAGAAAUAAGAGAAAGGUUUCGAAAAGAAAAUACAAGUUCUAUUAAAACAUCGCCAAGGACCAAGGCAAUGCAAACAAUAUUGGAAGCCGAUGAACAAGAAAAAUUGAAGAAAACUAAAGAAGAAAUUGAAAGAAAAGAGCUGUUAAAUAAAAAGAAAAGAUAUGCAGAGCUAAUCAAGCAGUUAUACCCGCCUGAAAUAGACCAGUUGAAAAAGAAGGAAAUGGAAAUGAUUAAAGAAAGGCUCGCCAUGCCUGGAAGAAUUAGGCAUUCGCAAACGCCAAGUAUGAAAUCUACUAUUUUUACAGCAAAAGACACCAGUCGUGACGGAGAAAAGUCAAGUUGUUCAGAGUCGACUUCAACUCCUAAACGAAUGAAAUCAAUUUCGCCAUUGAAGCCACCACCAGCAGAAAAAAAAGAAAAAAACAGCAAAUCCCCAGACUAUUUAUCAACGAGGAGGGAAAUUAAUAAAAAACUUGAAAAAGAGCUAAUGGAAUCGAAGCUUGAAGAUAUUAAAAUUUCAGCUGAUUUAACUCCUUCAGAUGCAAAGAAGCAAGCACACAACUUGGAGACUCUUUCAAAAAGGCAUGAAAUUAUGUUAAAGCACAAUGUUAAUAAGUUUGAUUUGUCUGCAAUUGAUGCGGAAGAAAAAGUCAAUAAUAUGAUUUUGGAAAGUGUAAAAGCCAAGCUGUCAUUGGUAUCGGCAAAUACUCAAUAA